AUGCCGGGCGCGGUGACGAAUGGGAGUCGAGCGGGGGAGGCGGACGACAUCGUGCUGACAGGCCUGUCGGGCCGUCUGCCCGAGUCCAACAAUAUAGAGGAGUUCGCUCAGCAGCUCUUCGAUGGCGUCGAUCUCGUCACAGCUGAUGACCGUCGCUGGACACCCGGGCUGCACGGCUUGCCGGAACGCAAUGGCAAACUCAAAGAUCUGGCACAUUUCGACGCCACCUUCUUCGGUGUCCACGCUAAGCAGGCGCACCUCAUGGACCCGCAGCUGCGCCUGCUGCUGGAGCUCACGCACGAGACCAUCGUAGACGCAGGCCUCAACCCCGCCGAGCUGCGCGGCUCGCGCACCGGCGUGUACGUGGGCGUGUCCAACUCUGAGACUGAGGAGCUGUGGACGGCGGACCCCGACAAGAUCAACGGCUACGCGCUCACGGGCUGUUGCCGCGCCAUGUUUCCCAACCGCAUCUCGUACACGUUCGACCUAAAGGGGCCCUCGUACGCUAUCGACACGGCCUGCUCAAGUUCCAUGUUCGCGUUGACGCAGGCCGUUAACGCCAUGCGCACCGGGCAGUGCGACGCGGCUGUGGUGGCCGGCACCAACCUGUGCCUGAAGCCGGCCAACUCGCUGAACUUCCACCGCCUGAGCAUGCUGUCCCCGGAGGGACGCUGCGCAGCGUUCGACGCGAGCGGGCGCGGCUACGUGCGCUCGGAGGCGGCCGUGGCCGUGCUGCUGCAGCGUCGCGGCGCCGCCCGCCGCGUGUACGCGACGGUGCGCGGCGCGCGCAUGAACACCGACGGCGCCAAGGUGCAGGGCAUCACCUUCCCGGCCGGCGAGGUGCAGCGCCAGCUCGCCGAAGAGACCUUCGCUGAGGCAGGGCUGCGCCCGCAGGACGUCGUCUACGUGGAAGCUCACGGAACAGGCACUAAGGUGGGUGACCCUCAAGAGGUGAAUGCGAUUGCCGAUUUCUUCUGCAAGGAUCGCAAGACACCACUUUUACUGGGCUCGGUGAAGUCCAACAUGGGGCACUCGGAGCCCGCGUCCGGCCUCUGCUCAAUCGCGAAGGUGGUGGUGGCCAUGGAACGCGGUAGCAUCCCCGCUAACCUGCACUACAAGGAACCUAACAAAGACAUACCGGCGUUAAGCGAUGGUCGCAUCAAGGUGGUCGACCGCAACACGCCGUGGGACGGCGGGCUGGUAGCGGUGAACUCGUUCGGGUUCGGCGGCGCCAACGCGCACGUGAUCCUGGAGUCGGAGAAGGGCGCGCGGCCACCGCCCGCCGCCUACACCGCGCCGCGCCUCGUACUGGCCUCGGGCCGCACUGAGGCGGCGGUGCGCGAGCUGCUGGCGCUGGCGGCCGAGCACCCGCGCGACGCCGAGUUGCACGCGCUGCUCGACGCCGUGCACGCGCACAACAUCCCCGGGCACGGCUACCGCGGCUUCCGUCUGCUCGACGACACGCCCAUCGAAGAAAUCAUGGAAGUAGAAAGCGGCGAGCCGCGGCCCGUGUGGUUCGUGUUCUCGGGCAUGGGAUCGCAGUGGGCGGGCAUGGCGCGCGCGUUGAUGCGCUUGCCGCUGUUCGCAGCCAGCGUGCAGCGCUCGGCCGCGGCGCUGAAGCCGCACGGCAUCGACCUGCUGCACGUGCUGUCGGACGCGCCCGACGCCGCCUUCGACGACGUGAUCGCGUCCUUCGUGUCCAUCGCGGCCGUGCAGGUGGCGCUGGUGGACGUGCUGCGUGCGGUGGGCGUGCGUCCCGACGGCAUCGUGGGCCACUCCGUGGGCGAGAUCGGCUGCGCGUAUGCGGACGAGACGCUAACGGCGGAGCAGGCCGUGCUAGCGGCGUACUGGCGCGGGCGCAGCAUCGUGGACGCCAAGCUGGGCCCCGGCGCCAUGGCGGCCGUGGGGCUCUCCUGGGAGCAGUGCGUGGCGCGCUGCCCGCCCGACGUCGUGCCCGCCUGCCACAACGCCGCCGACAGCGUCACGAUAUCGGGUCCGGUGGAGUCCAUCGAGAAGUUCGUGGCGACGCUGGCGGCGGAGGGCGUGUUUGCGCGCCGCGUGAACAGUUCGGGCGUGGCCUUCCACAGCAAGUACAUCGCGGCCGCCGCGCCGCUGCUGCGCCGCUCGCUCGAGCGCGUCAUUCCCAACCCCAAGCCGCGCUCCCAGCGCUGGGUCUCCUCAUCGCUGCCCAAGGACCAGUGGGAGUCCGACCUCGCUAAAAUGAGCGACGCGGCGUACCACGUGAACAACCUGUUGUCGCCGGUGCGGUUUGCGGACGCCGUGCGCGAGAUCCCCGAGCGCGCCGUGCUGGUGGAGGUGGCGCCGCACGCGCUGCUGCAGGCCGUGCUGAAGCGCGCGCGGCCGGGCGCGGCGCACGUGCCCCUGGUGCGGCGCGACGCGCGCGACGCCGGCGCGCACCUGCUGGCGGCGCUGGGCCGCCUGUACGCGGCCGGCGCGCAGCCCCGCGCCGCCGCGCUGUACGCCGCGCCACGCUGGCCCGUGUCGCGCGGCACGCCGGCGCUGGCGGCGCGCGUGCGCUGGGACCACUCCGUCGAGUGGAGCGUGGCGCACUACGGCGCCGCGCGCUCCGGCGAGAACGUCGUCGAGUACGACCUCUCCAAGAACGACGACUCCUUCAUCGCGGGGCACAACAUCGACGGCAGGAUACUCUUCCCCGCCACCGGAUACCUUACGCUCGUCUGGAAGACGAUGGCGAAACUACACAACAAAAAACCGGAAGAGACCCCGGUGAUACUAGAGAACGUGCAGUUCAGGCGCGCCACCAUCAUGUCGCGCGACGCGCCGGUGCGCUUCCUCAUCAACGUGCUGGAAGGCGCGGGCGAGUUCGAGGUGUGCGAGGGCGGCGCCGUGGCCGUGACGGGCUCCGUGCGGCUGGCCGCUGACCCCGCGGCCGAGCGCCUGCCGCCCGACGCCGCGCCCGCCGCCGCCGACCCCGACCUGCUGCCGCUGACGACCGACGACAUCUACAAGGAAUUACGCUUACGCGGCUACAACUACGGGGGCAUAUUCCGCGGCAUCCGCACGUCGGACCCGCGCGGCACCGCCGGCACACUCGCCUGGGAUGACAACUGGAUCUCGUUCAUGGACACCAUGCUGCAGUUCGGCAUCAUCGGCGUGGACACGCGCGAGCUGUACCUGCCCACGCGGCUGCAGCGCGCGCUCAUCGACCCGGCGGCGCAGGCGGCGGCGUUGGCGGCGGCGGCGGGCGGCACGCUGCCCGUGCGCAUGCGCCGCGACGUUGACGUCAUCAGCGCCGGCGGCGUGGAGUUCCGCGGCGUUAAGACCAGCCUGGCGCCGCGUCGCGCGCACGCGCAGGCCGCACCCAAGCUCGAGAAGUACGUGUUCCUGCCGUACGACAACGCGGCGGUAGGCACCGAGGACACGUCGCGCUCCAAGCGGGACGCGCUGGCCGUGAGCCUGCAGCUGGUGUUGGAGAACGUGGGCGCGCUGCGGCUCAAGCUGGUGGAGGCGGCGCUGGAGCGCGCGCCCGAGGCCGCGCUGGCGCCGCUGGCGCUGGCCGCGCUGGAGGGCGAGCCGCUGGUGCGCGUGGACGCAACGCUGGCGGCCGGCGCCAACCCCGCACCCUACAGCGCCGUCAUGCAGCCUCAUGGGAUUAAGGUGACAACCAAGGACGCCCGCAGCGGCGCGCCCGACUCGGACUGCCACCUGGUGCUGGCGGCGGACGUGCUGUCGCGGCACGGCGCGGCCGUGCUGGCGCACCUGGCGGCCGCGCUGGGCGACGCUGGCCUGCUGCUGCUGGAGGAGCCGCACGGCACGCUGGACGAGCGCGGCGCGCGCCAGGCCGCCGCCGCCGCCGGCCUGGAACCCGUGUCGCGCCAGGUGGCGGCCAGCUGCGAGUACGUGCUGUUGCGCCGCCGCGCCGCGCCGCCGCCCACGCGCGUCGUGGUGGAGGUGACGCAGGACGGCGCCUACGCGUGGGUGGACGCGCUGCGCGAAGCGCUGCGGCGCGCUGAGAGCGAGCAGCUGCGCGUGUACGCGUGGUCGCGCGCCGCCAGCGCCGGCGUGCUGGGGCUGGGCACGUGCCUGCGCGGCGAGGCGGGCGGCCGCGCGCUGCGCGUGUUCUUCCUGCCGGGCGCGCGCGAGCCUUUCGCGCCCGACGCGCCCGCCUACGCGGCGCAGGUGGCCAAGGACCUCGCCGUCAACGUGCUCCGCUCGGGCGUGUGGGGCUCCUACAGGCACCUUCCGCUCUCCGACACCGGUGACGCUCAGCUACAGGUGGAGCACGCGUACGUGAACACGCUGACGCGCGGCGACCUGUCGUCGCUGCGCUGGAUCGAGAGCGAGCUGCGGUUCGCGCAGGCGCGGCCGGUGCCGCCGCGCGCCGAGCUGUGCCGAGUGUACUACGCGCCGCUCAACUUCAGAGAUAUCAUGCUGGCCACCGGCAAGCUGCCGCCCGACGCACUGCCCGGAGACCUCGCCGGACAGGAAUGUAUUUUGGGCUUGGAGUUCAGCGGCCGGUCCGAGGACGGUAAACGCGUGAUGGGUAUGGUGGCGGCCAAGGGACUCGCCACCACGGUGAUGGCCGACAAGGGCUUCCUGUGGGAGGUGCCUGCGGCGUGGAGCCUGGAGGAGGCGGCCACUGUGCCGGUGGCGUACGCCACGGCGUACUACGCGCUGGCGGUGCGCGGGCGCAUGCGGCGCGGCGAGAGCGUGCUGGUGCACGCGGGCACGGGCGGCGUGGGGCAGGCCGCCAUCGCCAUCGCGCUGCACGCCGGCUGCACCGUGUACACCACCGUGGGCACGCCCGACAAGCGCGCCUUCCUACGCGCGCGCUUUCCCGCGCUGCCCGACGAGAACAUCGGCAACUCGCGCGACGUGUCCUUCGAGCAGCUGGUGCAGCGCCGCACGCGCGGCCGCGGCGUGGACCUCGUGCUCAACUCGCUGGCCGGCGACAAGCUGCUGGCCUCCGUGCGCUGCCUGGCCAACGGCGGCCGCUUCCUCGAGAUCGGCAAGCUCGACCUCUCCAACAACACCGCGCUGGGCAUGGCCAUCUUCCUGAAGAACACCACGUUCCACGGCAUCCUGCUGGAUGCGCUGUUCGACGCGGGCGGCGACAACGAGGAGAAGGCGGCCGUGGUACGCUGCGUCACCGACGGCAUCGCCAGCGGCGCCGUGCGCCCGCUGCCCGCCACCGUCUACACCGACCAGCAGCUCGAGCAGGCCUUCAGAUUCAUGGCGACGGGCAAGCACAUCGGCAAGGUGUUGCUGCGUGUGCGCGAGGAGGAGGUGGGUGGCGCGCGCCCCGCCGCCAAGCUGGUGUCCGCCAUCCCGCGCACCUACCUGCACCCCGCCAAGUCCUACGUGCUAGUCGGUGGUCUGGGCGGGUUCGGUCUCGAGCUGGGCCAGUGGCUGGUGGUGCGCGGUGCCACGUGCCUGGUGUUCAACUCGCGCAGCGGCGUGCGCACCGGCUACCAGUCCUGGUGCAUCCGCAGAUGGCGCGAGAAGGGCGUAAAGGUGGCGGUGUCGACGGCGGACGCGAGCACGGCGGCGGGCGCGCGAGCGCUGCUGAGCGAGGCGGCGGCGCUGGCGCCCGUGGGCGGUGUGUUCAACCUGGCCGCAGUGCUGCGCGACGCCUUCCUCGAGAACCUCACGCCCGACGACUUCCGCGCCGUGGCGCGCCCCAAGGUGGACGCCACCCAGGCGCUGGACACCGCCUCGCGCGACCUCGCGCCCGACCUCGACUACUUCGUGGUGUUCUCCUCCGUGUCCUGCGGCCGCGGCAACCCCGGCCAGAGCAACUACGGACUCGCCAACUCCGCCAUGGAGCGCAUAGUGGAGCAGCGCCAGGCCGACGGGCUGCCGGGGCUGGCCGUGCAGUGGGGCGCCAUCGGCGAGGUGGGGCUGAUCGUGGAGACCAUGGGCGGCGACGAGGCCGUGGUGGGCGGCACGGUGCCGCAGCGCAUCGCGUCCUGCAUGGAGGCGCUGGGCGCGCUGCUGGCGAGGCCGCACGCCGUGGCCGCCUCCAUGGUGCUGGCCGACAAGCGCAAGUCCGCCGCUGCGCCGCAGCAGGACCUCGUGCACGCCGUCGCCAACAUCCUCGGUAUCAAGGAUCCCAGCAAAGUAUCGGAUUCGGCGAACUUAGCCGAGCUGGGCAUGGACUCGCUCAUGGGAGCUGAAAUCAAGCAGACUCUGGAGCGCGGCUACGAUGUUGUUUUGGGAGUUCAAGAAAUACGUGGACUGACCUUCGCGAAAUUGCGCGCGCUGGGCGGCGAGGGCGAGGGCGCGGCGGAGGCGGCGGCCGGUGCGGGCGCGCCCGAGGCCAAGGCCGACGAGGUGGUGCAGUUCGCCGCGCUCGGGGAGCUCAUGCCCAAGCAGGUGGUGGUGAAGCUGCCGAGCGCGGCGCCGGCCGAGGACGUGCCGCCCGUGUUCAUGGUGCACCCCAUCGAGGGCGUGGUGGACCUGCUGCGCGGGCUGGCGGCCGGAGUGCGCGCGCCCGUGUACGGCCUGCAGUGCACGGCCGCGGCGCCGCUCAGCGACAUGGCGGCGCUGGCGCGCUUCUACGUGACGCACAUGCGCGCGCUGCAGCCGCGCCCACCCUACACGCUGCUCGGGUACUCCUUCGGCGCUGGCGUCGCCUUCGAGAUGGCGCUGCAGCUCGAGCAGGCCGGCUGCGAGACGCGGCUGGUGCUGGUGGACGGCUCGCCUGAGUACGUGGCAACGCACACGACGCGCGGCAAGCAGAAGCGCGCCGCGCGCUCGGCGCGGACGGACGAGGCGGACGCACUCGCGUACUUUGUGCAGCUGUUCAAGGACGUGGACGCGGCCAAGGUGUCGGCGGAGCUGGAGCGGCUAGGCAGCUGGGAGGAGCGCGUGGCGCGCACCACGGCGCUGGUGGCGGGCGCGUCGCCGCACGCGCCCACCGCGCUGGCCGCCGCCGCCGCAUCCUUCUACCGCAAGCUGGUGGUGGGCGACGCGUACCGGCCCGCGGCGCGCUUGCGCGCGCCCGUCACGCUGUUCAGCGCCAGCGACAACUACGUGGCGCUGGCUGAGGACUACGGGCUGGGCGCGGUGUGCGCGGGCCCGCUGCGCACCACGCGCCUGCCCGGCAACCACCGCUCCAUCCUGGCCGGCGCCGCCGCCGCCGCCAUCGCCGACCACCUCUCCGAACUGAUCGCCGCCGCCCAC